CUCUGCACCAGAAGCCACGCUGCACAGAACGCACGGCACAGAACGCGCUGCACAGACAAUGUCCUCCUGAAGGCCGCUCUGCUUCUACUGUUCUAUCAACACGCGGACGCGCAGUGCAAGAUCGUGAAAUGUAACAUGGAAUAUGUUGCCGCCAAUUCUAACGCACAGGCCUCCAACGCGAACGCGGCGCACUGCAACGCCCUGCGCUCCUACUCCCAGUGCACCCGUAACACGGCCCGGACCUGCCGCGGGGACCUGGUCUACCACUCCGCCGUACACAUCAUCGAGGACCGCAUGAUCCAGUUCAACUGUUCCAAGGUGGGACCCACCCACCCCCCGAGGAGGCCGCCUCCCCCUCCUCCACCCGAUGGACCUAUGAAACAAGCCUGUGACUAUGAGAAGGUGUACCGCGAGAAGAAUGGCAGCGAGCCCCGAUACGUGCACUGCGGGGUCUUCGGGGACCCCCAUGUGCGGACUUUCAGGGGUGACUUCCAAACCUGCAGCGUGAAGGGGUCCUGGCCUCUCCUAGACAACGAAUAUCUCUUUGUUCAGGCCACCAGCUCCCCGGUGUCACCGUCCUCCAAUGCUACCAUCACCAGCAAG